CGACGCCCGCACCCCUCUGCCGCCAAUUACCCACGCCGCACUGCGCAAGCCCUCGCGACCGCGCGCCUCGCUCCGGAGGGUCCCCUGCCCUAGCCGGAGACUGUCGACACGCCGCCGCCGGUUAUGGCAAACGUCACGCCGCCACCUGCGAGCGAACGAAAGCGCGUCAAAGUCUACGAGCUCAAGAACAAUGACUGGUUCGACCGAGGCACUGGCUUCUGCAAGGGCGUCGUAGCAAGCCAGGAGGAAGCGAGAAUCGUAGUCCUGUCCGAGGAAGACCAGUCGCGACAGCUGCUUGAAACGCGCAUCUCCAAGGAUGACGGCUAUCAGAAGCAGCAGGACACCCUCAUCGUGUGGACCGAGCAAAAUGGCACCGACAUGGCCCUCAGCUUCCAGGAACCCGAGGGCUGUGCUAGCAUAUGGGACUUUGUCAACGAAGUGCAAUCACGACUGCAGGCACUAGCUCAGGACGAUGGUCUCUCAGACGAUUUGGACCCCAUUAGCCCCAUCCUGCUCCCCAACCCAGAUCUCAGCAACCUUCACGAAAUUGAGAAUCACAUGCGCGCUGCAAACUCGACCCCAGGCGGCCGAGAAGCCCUGGCCAAGUUCAUACUGGCCCAGGACUACAUACCGAAGCUGAUUCCGCUCGUCGACAUGGCCGAGGACCUCGAAAGCGUAUCGGAUCUCCACCGGCUGUGCAGCAUCAUGAAGAUGCUUAUUCUGCUCAACGACACCGCCAUUAUCGAAUACGUUGUGACGGACCCUGUGGUUCUGGGUGUCGUUGGGGCGCUAGAGUACGACCCGGACUUUCCCCUGCAUAAAGCCAACCACCGGCAGUACCUCGACGACGAGUCCAAGUUCAAAGAGGUGGUCAGGAUCGAAGACGACAACAUCAAGCGCAAAAUCCACUACACAUAUCGCCUGCAGUACCUCAAGGAUGUUGUUCUCGCGCGCAUCCUCGACGACCCCACCUUCAGCGUUCUCAACUCUCUCAUAUUCUUCCACCAAGUCGACAUUGUCCAACACCUCCAAGCAAACGUUCCUUUCCUCAAAGAGCUCUUUGGCAUCUUUUCGCCCAAGGAGCAAAAUCUGUCACGGAAAAAGGACGCCGUCUUGUUCAUUCAACAAUGCUGCGCCAUUGCGAAGAGCCUGCAGGCAAAUGUGAGGGCGCAGCUCUACCAAAACUUCAUCAGCAGCGGUCUGCUGGAAGUGAUACAAUUCGCGCUCAAGCACCAAGACGCUUCAGUCCGAGUGGCAGGAACGGACAUACUGGUGUCGUUGAUUGACCACGACGCUCUCAUGGUGCGAAGCUACAUUUUCAAGGCCAUUCAAGAAAAGACGAAGCCGCUCACAGACACCCUCAUUGAGCUGCUUCUGAUCGAGGUGGACUUGGGCGUCAAGGCGCAGAUGGCUGAUGCCAUCAAGAUCCUACUUGACCCCAAUGCGAAUUCGGCAUCGAUAGAAGCGCUUGGCCGAACCAACAGUGACUUCCUCGCCAAGAUGCGGGGACAGCUUCCGUCCAUACCUCAGACCGACUCGUUUAUUCAAAACUUUUACGACGAAUCCGCCCGGAAACUCUUCCAGCCGCUCAAGGACCUCGAGGGCCGGGAGUCGAUGGACGAUUUAUCCAUGCAAGAAGUGUCAUUAUACGCACACCUCGUCGAGGUUCUGUGUUUCUUUAUCCGCCAGCAUUCCUUCCGCAGCAAAUACUUUAUCCUCUCUGAAGGCUUGGCGGUACGGGUGGCCCAGCUCAUGAGCUGUCCUGAGAAGCAUCUGAAACUCACUGCACUCAAGUAUUUCCGUACUGUGCUCGGCUUCCACGACGAAACACAUAACCGCCAAAUCAUCCAGCAUGAACUUUUUGACCCGAUUCUGAAGAUUCUAUUCGAUACAAUGCCACGCGACAACCUCCUCAACUCGGCAUGCCUGGAGCUCUUUGAAUUCAUCCGACGCGAGAACAUCAAGAUGAUUGUACAACAUCUGGUCGAGAAGUACAGAGACAAGCUGCAAGGCAUCACCUAUGUCGACACGUUCCAGAACCUGAUCCUCAAAUACGACCAGAACCAUGAGCCAGUGACGACGCAGGAGCUCGACAAUUCCUUUACAAGCGUGGACAGCGACACUUCUGUGCGACAUCCCGCAAACAUCAACGGUGGCAAGUGGGGUCAAGGCUUGAAAGAUGUGGAUGCGGACGAAGAGGCGUACUUCAAUACAUCGGACGACGAGGAUGAACAGCUUACCGCCGCGGGCAAGCUCUGCAUGAACGGAGCGUCGCCAGUGCGACCGCUCGUCAACUAUCCCGAUGACGAUGCGGACGAUGCAGACAUGGACGAUCUCGCGACGGUAUCAUCAGCCUCUGCCCCCAAGAUGCCGACGGCAACACAAACUCCAGAGGACACGACUACAUCGCCCAAGACGACUUCGGCAGGAUCACCGCCUGAACGGAUAUCGGAAAAGCGCCGCAGAGAGGAGGACGAAGAGGACGAGCUCCUCGCAAGCAUCUCGACAUCUGCGGGACCCAAGCGCCGCGCCUCGACGUCGAGCAACGCAAGCUCUGGAAGCCUGAGGAAUCUGCGCCGCAAGUCGCCCAAUGUAAACUCGGGCAAGGAUGGCGGCGGGACACCCAAGAAGAUAUCACUGUCGAUACCACUCAAGAGCAGUGUGGAGGGGGGCGAGAGCGAAUAGGAUUGCAUGCCCCCUCCCAGACGAAGAUGAGCAUGUGGGCAUGUGGAGGAGCUUGACGUAUUUGUGUUCCGCGGCGCGCUUUGAGCAAUCGUAAAAAGAUACCCAUUGAGAAGGCGGCGAGACACAGAUGACGUUGUAUGAAACGGGUUACGCGGGAUUUUUACUUAUUCAUGCAAAUAUGUUUGACUGGGUAGCGGCAUUGCGAAGGUGUAAUUGUCUAGGCGUUCAGUAUGUGUGUCGUCGCCGGUGGCGGCGGGCGGAACAGGUUGGGAACCGGGCACGAUGGGAUGAUGCGCGCUGUGUAUGUGUCGGCCUGUCACCGUGCGUUUUUUCGGGGUUGGAUUUUGUGUGCAUGACCAAGGGCCUUGCCGCCUGUGUAUUUAUACCUCUGCGUCUUCGUACGGGAAUGUCAAGUC